GUUUGAUAUAUGCGUGCUUAAAACCGUGAAUGAUAUGCAUUCAUUAACAUAACUUUCUCAUUUGGGACCUACAGUACCAGUAUAUAAAGCUUUACUAUCUCAGUCAAAACACCACAUCUUGAUAUUCACCGGACAGAAUAGAGUUUGUGACAUCAAGCCCCAAAUCAUGCAAGUCUUCAGCGCUGUUGCUGUCUGUGUCCUCCUGUUUGGAUGUUGUGCGGGAGUUCAGGGGUACCAUGUCGUAGGGAAGUUUGGAGACCAGAUCAUCCCCAUCGACGUCACAUUCGGCACUGACAUAAUGGAAGUGACAGCACACAAACCUGCCAAUGCUCUCGACAGCUUCAGAGAAACAACCAACCUGCACGUGUUCUCAACGAGUUUUGUAGCCAUAAGGAAUGCAGUCGAUCAACAGUGCUACAUUCAACGAUUCAACGCCACUAUGACAGGCAUGAAGCGGCGCUUAGAAGAGGCUAAACGUGCUCAUGAUGUGCUGGACGGUGUUAAAGAGGAAUGGCUCAGAGUAGAUAAACUGUCACCACUGAAGACUUGGACAGUAAAACUCCUCUUUGGACCACACAUAGCUGACUUCUGUCUCCAUCACGAAGUGUUCCUAGUGGACAGCAAAUAUUCCGGACUGGUUGAUGCAAAACAGGUCAACCCCAACAUGCGCCACAAGAGAGGAUUUUUCUUUAAGUGGAGGCCAAUAAGAAAGUGCAUUUCGCAGUUUGCCAGACGAGUCACAAGUGGCGUCGUGUUUGAUCCGUGUAACACUGACGUUACAGUAGUUUGUUAGAGAAACUGUUUGCUUCUCAGCAAUGAGACAAGAACCACUGUCGUCAACUUGCUGUUUUCUGAUUCAUUCGUUACAGGAAGUAACAGCAUUCAUGUAAAUGCCACACAAAGUUAUACAAACACCACAAGAUAAGGACAUAAUAUAAUAUAAUAUAUUUUGAAAGGCGUUGAAUAAACAUCAAAAAUGUAAUGCAGGUUCGAAAUUGGGCGUAGAUUUCGAAAAUCUACACAAAUUGUUGCAAAGCAACGGCAUGAUCUGUAGCUUUUUCCCCAAUGUGUGAAGGCCAUUGAUGGUAUCCCAAGUCGUGAUAUAGCUGGAAUAUUGUUAAUAAAGGCGGCCUGAACCUCCACUGACACACCCAUUAAACAUUUCCAAUCCUUCUUCUGCCCAUUGAAUAGCAGGGACACAUUUUAAUGACCUACCAAAUCACUUUCUGAAUUACCAGUCCUGACCACUGGAAUCGUCUUCAGUUGUUGCAAUGUAAUUGGAAGGUUUGGAAGAAAGAAAGCGGGAUUUGCAACAUAGAAAUUGUGAUUGGUGAAGAGAACUACGCUAAGUUAACGUACGCUUAAAGCCGGUAAUGGUGGUGCUCAAAGACCAUGACAGUCGCAUGAAUAUAACAGAAACACUGUAAUUCUACGGCAGGGCAGGAUAUGCCUACCCUUUUCGCGAACACCUGGUGUCAUCACUGAUUUUCAGAGGUCCAUUCAUAUAAUUUCCACAGCUAUUUGCCCUUUACGCCAAGUUGAAUCUGUUUGGGCAGAAAAUCUAGGCUGGAUAUUACCUUGCAUUGACAAUUUUAUUAUUGUAUUUUAUAUUGUAAAUAAAAGUGACAAAACCCUUCCAUCAUUAUCUCUGCUAAAAUCAGUCUAUUGUACAAUUCCGACGAUGUCAUAAGCAUGUGUCUAAGAAUCACUACUAAAUAGUUGUGCUACCAGAUGUUCGCGUAGAGGUGAGCGUAUCCUGCCGCAUCAGUUGAACCCACCUUUAACACAUCAAACGUAAGUCAAGUGAUCACCUGAACAAACAAGGGAACAUAUGGUACAAGAUAAACUAAGGAAUUUUGCAUAGGAUGUCAUUUUCGUCACUGAUGCAUCAAAUUUGUAUCGCCUUGUCUAACAGUCUCGUAGAGAGAUUUCUGUCACUGAAUCUUUGAAAAUUGAUCUAAAUAUUAAACACAUGUGGCGUUUUCAUUGGUAUCCUUUCUUUCUAGUUCAGGAGGGUAAACCAAUGGAAGGGAAUUGGCUAUUUGACAAUUACUGAACGACUUCAGACCAUCCAUAUAUACCUAAAGCUUGUGUUAAAUUCUCAUAAUUUGAAUUUGCAAAUCCGAUCAGAAAUUCAGAUUCAUAGACUUAAAGAAACAGAUCAGCAAGGAAGGGAGGACAACACUGCUUGUCAAAAUGUCCUAUCCCCAGAUUUGACAUGUGGGUUUCUAUGAGGAAGUCCAGCAUUUCACAUAUUGGCUUCUCAUUAAACUUCAGACGACUUUUGCUUUCAUUUUUGACACAUAUUCCUGCACCUUUGUAGAUAGAGAAGUAACUAUAUCAUUGGUCAUCAGGUUUAGUGACAAAUACCCCAUAGAUCAAGAAAUGAACAUUUGCCUUGAGUUCGUUGUGUGGGAUAGUGGUGUGUAGCCUGAAUAAUUAAAAAAAUUCACAAAAUUCAA